UCCCUAUAUUUAUGGUUUAAAUGGGUAAACAUUUUAUGUUUACUUCUCUAAAAAAGAGAUAUAAUAAAUUAAGUUGCUCUUUGAAUACAAUUUUUUAAGGAGGGGGAGGUUCAGGGACCUUUAUUCAAAACAAAACAAAAACGCUCCCUCUGCUGAAGAAGUUCCCACCGUGUGCAGAGGGAAUUCUAGCGAUUGACGCACUCUUGGCUCCCCUAAUCCCAGGUCCUGAUAGUUUCUCUUCUUGUUCGGAUCAUAAAUCCUCUCCACCUCCUGGGCUGGAUUAUUUCAGGCUGCAUACCUACGCAGAAUGCACCCACUGAAUUAUCCCGCCAAUUUAAACCCAGCAGAAGACUAGCUUUCCUUGCUUAAGCCAGAGUGGAACUGGAAAGGGAUUUGGGGAUACAAUAAGAGGGUUAAAGAUUAGACAGGACUCAGGCUGCGGAAUUGACCUUUGACCACAGAUAAAUAACGCCAGCGCAGCUUCCCCCUGGCGUGUGAAUAGAUACCAGGCUCUCAGGGCAUCCGUAGGGAAGGAGAUGUAAGAGAAGGGAGCUGCAGGAGAGCGGAAAGGAAAGAAAAGGAGGAGCCGAAGAGCAAGCAGUUGCCUUGAACAGAGCAGAGUGUCUGUGUGUCAGAGUGUCAACAUCACUCCCGCUCAGCGCCAUGGAUAUCAUAUUUGGCAGAAAUAAGAAGGAGCAGCUGGAACCUGUGAGGGCCAAAGUGACAGGCAGGAUUCCCACAUGGCUGCAGGGCACCCUGCUCUGCAACGGGCCUGGAAUGCACACAGUGGGGGACUGGUUUGAUGGCCUGGCCUUGCUCCACAGCUUCACAAUUAGAGAUGGUGAAGUCUAUUACAGGAGCAAAUACCUGAGAAGUGAUACCUACAAUGCCAACAUCAAGGCCAACAGGAUUGUGGUGUCAGAGUUUGGAACGAUGGCCUAUCUAGACCCCUGCAAAAACAUGUUUUCCAAAGCAUUCACAUACUUGUCCCAUACCAUCCCCGAUUUCACAGACAACUGCCUGAUUAACAUCAUGAAGUGUGGAGAAGACGUCUAUGCGACCACAGAGACCAGUUACAUCAGGAAAAUCAACCCACAGACUCUGGAAACCCGGAGAAGACUGGAGCAGCCCUACCUGGUGGCUAUCAUUUUGCAGGUUGAUUAUGGCAAAUACGUGCCUGUAAAUCUGGCAACAGCACAUCCUCAUUAUGAUGCAGCCGGAAAUGUUCUUAAUAUGGGCACAUCCAUCAUGGACAAGGGGAAGACGAAAUAUGUGAUCUUUAAGAUCCCUGCCACUGUACCAGAGGACAAGAAGGGGAAGAACCCCGUGAAGCACAUGGAGGUGUUCUGCUCCAUCAUCUCCCCCUCCCUCCUCUCCCCGAGCUAUUAGCACAGCUUCGGAGUCACUGAGAACCGCAUCGUUUUCCUCAAGCAGCCUUUCAAGCUAGAUAUCCUCAAAAUGUCAACUGCGUACAUCCGGGGAGUGAACUGGGCCUCCUGCCUGGCUUUCCACAAGGAGGACAAGACUUACAUUCACAUCAUCGACCAGAGGACCAGGAAGCCUGUGCCCACUGAGUUUUACACGGACCCCAUGGUGGUCUUUCAUCACGUCAACGCCUACGAGGAGGACGGCUGCCUUCUGUUUGACGUCGUCACCUACAAGGACAGCAGCCUUUACCAGCUCUUCUACUUGGCCAACCUGAACCAGGACUUUGAGGAGAACUGCAGGCUCACCUCCAUCCCCACCCUCAGGAGGUUCACCGUGCCCCUCAAUGUGGACAAGGAUGCAGAAGUGGGCUCAAAUUUAAUCAAACUGGCAUCUACAACAGCAAGAGCCCUGAAGGAAAAAGAUGACCAGGUCUACUGCCAGCCGGAGUUGCUUUAUGAAGGCUUAGAACUGCCUCGGAUCAAUUAUGCUCACAACGGAAAGCCAUACCGCUAUGUCUUUGGUGCUGAGGUUCAGUGGAGUCCCAUCCCAACCAAGAUACUGAAAUACGAUGUUCUCACAAAGUUCCUUAAAUGGGGACAGGAGCACUGCCGGCCAGCAGAACCCCCGUUGGUACCCACGCCAGGUGCCAAGGACGAGGACGAUGGGAUUAUCCUGUCAGCCAUCGUCUCUACCGAUCCCCAAAGGCUGCCUUUUCUGCUUAUUCUGGAUGCCAAAAGUUUUACAGAAUUGGCUCGUGCAUCCAUUGAUGUAGAGAUGCACCUGGAUCUCCAUGGGUUAUUCAUCCUGGACACAGACUGGGACAAGAGGAAGCAGGCCCCUUCCCAGGAAGAGCGGGACGGGGCUCCAGACUGCCUCGUGGCCCCUCAGAGACGACUGGGUUGGGGCCUGGGCCCUGGGCCCUGGGCAGAAUGGCGCCACUGGCAGGCUCCCACAGGGCUCCAGGCUUGCUCCCUCUCUGAGUGAAGGGGAGGUCCUUCAUUUCGCUUUGCACUUAUUCUUUGUGUGACUGCUUUGAGACAAAGGUAUGGAAAUAGUGCUUGUCAGUAUCUUUUCUUUCAACUUACUUUGGCUAUAAAAACCUUAUUUGAAAGUGGAUCAAAUGUUUAUUGAUUAGCUCAAGCACUUCUAAGAAAGCCCUUUUCCUUUAUUAUAACGAUGGUGACCAGAAAUUGUAUUAAGUCACAUAAUCAUCCUUCUUAGAAUGGGCAACUACUGACAUCUCAGAGAAGAGACAAGUAAAUAUUUAUCGCUGCUCCUUCCUGCCACCCCUUCUCUCCCUCUUUCCAGUAAACUAGCUUGUGCAUCUAGGAGUUCUAACUUUCUCCACCAUGCCCUGUUAGUAAAUUGUGUGAUCAGGAAGGCAUGUUGCUUUGUGGUCAUUCCAUGCAAGGCAUGGCAUAAUUUAAAAUAAUAAAAACUUCAAAGUCUGUUCCAACGUUA